AUUAUUUAUUUAAAAUUUCUUGACAAAAGUAUAAAAAUUGAAUUACAAGAUUUAAAAAAUAAAAUUUUAUAAAAAGAAUAUAUAUAUUAAAACAAUAUUUACAUAAGAUAAAAGAAUAUAAAUUUAAUAUAUCAUUGAUAAUUCUUUCUUUAUAAUAUACACGCAUAUGUAAUAUGUACAUAAGAAAUUUAUUUUAAUUUUGAAAUUUUAUAAAACUAAUAAAAUUAAUGUUCAAAUGAAUUAUAAUUAAUCAGUUCACAGUACUAUUUGUAUUCAUUGGCGUAGACGCAUUGUGGUAUAGGACAUGUCAAAACUUUAUGCGAAGGUGCCGAUGGAUAAAAGUCAGUUUACGUUUGAAGAUAAAUGGCCAUGUAUGCGACCAACUAUUUUAAAAUUACUCAAACAAGAAACUGUUACUCAAGCAGAGUGGCAAGAUUUAUUCUUUUCUGUUCAUGCAGUAUGUGUAUGGAAUGACAAAGGUGCUCUUAAAUUAUUAGAUGCACUUAAAGAAGAUAUAAUGGAUUUUAUAAAACAAGCUCAGCAGAGAGUUUUAGCACACCAAGAAGAACAAGCCUUAUUAAAAGCAUAUAUAGCUGAAUGGAGAAAAUUUUUUGCACAGUGUAAUUAUUUACCAACACCAUUUAGACAAUUAGAAACAUCUCUUGCUGGAAAAGCACCAUCUAGUGUUCAGAAAAAAAGUCAACCUGAUGAUAUUGUUAGAAAACUGAUGUUGGAUAGUUGGAAUCAAAGUAUAUUUGGAGAAAUAAAACAAAAACUUCAAGAUUCAGCUAUGCGACUUGUUCGUGCUGAAAGAAAUGGUGAAGCAUUUGAUUCACAGUUAGUUAUUGGCGUUAGAGAAUCUUAUGUAAAUUUAUGUUCAAAUGCAACAGAUAAGCUUCAAAUUUAUAGAGAAAAUUUUGAAGCAGCAUAUAUAGAAGCAACAGAAGCUUUUUAUUGGGUUAAAGCUCCUGAACAGUUAUCAUUACAUGGUGUAGAAAAUUAUAUGCGUUAUGCAGAUGCAAAAUUACAAGAAGAAGAACUUCGUGCCCAAAAAUAUUUAGAACCAAACAGUGCUAGUGUACAACUUUUAACUGAUUGUUGUGUACGUGUUUUAGUGGCAACUUUUAAGCCAGCUAUAUUAGCAGAAUGUCCAAGAAUGAUUCAACAUCGUCAAACAGAUAAACUUAGGUUAAUGCUAAAACUAAUGGAUAGAGUUCCUGAAGGAGUUGGUCCAAUGUUAAGAAAUUUAGAGGAACAUAUAGCAAGUGCAGGUUUAGCUGAUAUGAUGGCAGCUGUGGAUGUUAUUACUCAAGAUUCUGAAAAAUAUGUCGAAAGAUUAUUGGAUCUUUUUCGUCGAUUUUCAAUUCUUGUUAAAGAAGCAUUUGAUGAUGAUCCUCGAUUUCUAACUGCUCGAGAUAAAGCUUAUAAACUUGUUGUAAAUGAUGCAACAGUAUUCAGGUUAGAAUUACCUGCACGUCAAUGUUCUGGUAUUGGUACAACUAUUUUGAAUAACAAACCUAACAAUAAUAAUAAUGGACAGCCAGAGUCAAAAUGUCCAGAACUUCUAGCUAACUAUUGUGAUAUGUUACUUAGAAAAACACCACUCAGUAAAAAAUUGACUUCUGAUGAAAUUGAAAGCAAGUUAAAAGAUGUGUUAUUAGUGUUAAAAUAUGUUCAGAAUAAAGAUGUGUUUAUGCGCUAUCAUAAAGCUCAUUUAACAAGGCGCUUAAUAUUAGAUACAUCUGCUGAUUCUGAAAAAGAAGAAAAUAUGGUAGAAUGGCUCCGUGAGGUUGGAAUGCCUGCUGAUUAUGUUAACAAAUUAGCUCGAAUGUUUCAAGAUAUUAAAGUGUCACAAGAUCUUAAUCAACAAUUUAAGGAACAAUGUAGAGCUGCUAUUGCAGAUAGUAUUAAUAUUAAGAUACUAAAUGCAGGUGCAUGGGCCAGAGGUAGUGAACGCGUCACUGUAAGUUUACCGUUGCAAUUAGAAGAUUAUAUUCCUGAAGUAGAAGAAUUUUAUAAAAAAAAACACAGUGGAAGAAAAUUACAGUGGUAUCAUCAUAUGUCAAAUGGCACGAUAACAUUUUCUAACCAAGUGGGACGCUUCGAUGUGGAUGUAACAACAUUUCAAAUGGCAGUUUUGUUUGCUUGGAAUCAACGACCGUUUGAAAAAAUAUCAUAUGAAAAUUUACGAUUGGCUACGGAACUUCCAGAUCCUGAACUAAGACGAACAUUAUGGUCGUUGUGUGCUUUUCCGAAACUUAAACGUCAACUUCUUUUAGUUGAACCACAUGCACAUAGUCCCAAAGAUUUUGCAAAUGAUACAAGAUUUUGGGUUAAUCAAGAAUUUGCUAUUGUAAAAAAUGGUAAACUGCAAAAACGAGGUAAAAUUAAUUUAAUAGGUAGACUUCAAUUAUCAACUGAGCGGAGUAAAGAAGAAGACAACCAAUCUAUUGUACAACUUAGAAUAUUAAGAGUUCAGGAAGCAAUUAUCAAGAUUUUAAAGAUGCGUAAAAAAAUUAGUAAUGCACAGUUACAAACUGAAUUAGUUGACAUAUUAAAAAAUAUGUUUUUACCGAGUAAAAAGAUGAUAAAAGAACAAAUUGAAUGGCUUAUUGAGCAUAAAUAUAUACGUAGACACGAUGAUGACAUUAAUACUUUUGUGUACAUGGCAUAGAUCAGGAUUAUACAUAUAAUAUUGUUCAGAUUCUCAUGAUUAAUAUUAUAUUUUUAUAAACAUUCAGUUCUUGUUUACCAAGUAUAUGCUCAAAAAUCCUAAUAUAAUAAAAAGAUAUUAAUGUUGUUUGUAAUAUAUUCACAAAAAACAUUUUUUGAAACAAAUAGUACUGUCAUACAGAGUCAUAUCGUUCAUAAAUUAAAUAAUAUUAUAUUGUCUUCGACCAUAGGAAUGUGCAUUGUUAAGUAGGUAUAUCUAUUAAAUUUUCAAAAAUUAAAGUUUUUUUU